AUGAAUCUCAACAAUGUUAAGGUUCCUAAGAUGCCAGGUGGUGGUGCAGCUUCUGCUUUGAUCAAAUUGGGAGUCUUUGCUGGUCUUGGUGUAUAUGGAGUUGCCAACAGUCUUUACAAUGUUGAGGGCGGGCAUCGUGCCAUUGUUUUCAACCGUAUUCUUGGUGUUAAAGAGAAGGUUUAUCCAGAAGGGACACACUUCAUGAUUCCUUGGUUUGAAAGGCCAGUCAUUUAUGAUGUUCGUGCACGACCCCACCUUGUGGAGAGCACUUCAGGAAGUCGUGACCUUCAGAUGGUGAAAAUUGGGCUCAGAGUUCUCACUCGUCCAGUUCCAGACGAACUACCCACUGUUUACCGAACUCUUGGUGAAAACUACAAUGAAAGGGUCCUGCCUUCAAUUAUUCAUGAAACGUUGAAAGCUGUGGUUGCCCAGUACAAUGCUAGUCAGCUCAUCACCCAGAGAGAGAACGUUAGCAGAGAAAUACGGAAGAUCUUGACAGAGAGGGCAGCCAACUUCAACAUUGCUCUAGAUGAUGUGUCCAUAACAAGCCUGACUUUUGGAAAGGAAUUUACAGCUGCAAUUGAAGCAAAACAAGUGGCUGCUCAAGAAGCUGAAAGAGCAAAGUUUGUUGUGGAAAAAGCUGAGCAAGAUAAGCGAAGUGCUGUUAUCAGAGCUCAGGGUGAGGCUAAGAGUGCCCAGCUUAUUGGUCAAGCGAUUGCCAAUAAUCCGGCAUUUAUCACACUCAGGAAAAUCGAAGCAGCAAGAGAGAUUGCCCAGACUAUCUCACAUGCAGCAAACAAGGUGUACUUGAGUGCCGAUGAUCUGUUGCUUAACCUUCAGGACUUGAACUUGGAGACUGCAAGAAAAUGAUUUGGAUAGCGGAACUGUUUACAUUUCCAGUUUUCAACAUUUAAUUUUCCUCAGAGCCAUUUAACUUGUGGGACGACUCUCUGUGUUUACAUAGUGACGGGAUAGAUGGUAAUUCUCAGUUAGUUGAAUUCUUGAAUAGGGAAAUAUUUUGCACGAGAAAUUAUUGUGAAAUUAGUAUCAUUUGGUGGUUGUCAAAUUGGUUAUUGAUAUAAAGUUCCUCCAGUUAUAGUCUGAUCUGACAUGACCAAGCUUUAUCAGUUUUAUCAAGCUUAAUAUGUAAAGAAUGUUGUAUGAUCUAUCUGUUCAAGGUUUGCUCGACUUUUGAAUUGGAA